AGUUCCCUUUCAUGGGGCCUUUAAUCAGGCGAGGAGGAGGCAACGGAGCCCGUCCCACCAAGGUCCCCGUUUACAGUGUAUUUAUUCAUGGCUUUGUGUCGCUGUGCCCAAAGUGCCUGACAGAAACACCUGAAUGGGAGAGGCGUUUGGGGUUUUGGCGAAAAAGACGUUGCAGAGUGGCUUCGUUGGGUGGCAAAAGUGUGAGCUGAAAACCGUUCACAACCUACUGACCAGGAAGCUGGGAGGGUGGGCGUAGGGACUGGGCUAUGUCCUCCAAAGGUCCUAAAGACCGCAGAGCCUCUCAGAAUACUGCCACCAGACAGGGACUGUGUGCUCAGGACGAGCCCAUGGGGGCAUCUCAUAGUCAAGCCAUAACAUGGUGGGACGCAGAUGAAAGAUGGAGCCUUGGCAUUUAAAGCUAACAGCAAUGGCAGGAGCCUCGUUGACAGGAGGAAUAAAUAGCACACUGCCAGCCAGAGCUCCGCUGUGCCUGUGUGGCCUGGGUAGACUGGUCUCUCGUGUUCAGUCUGUCUCCUGCAUGCUCUGGAGUCCCAGGAGAGGGCCCCCUGACUGCAUCCUGGGUCUAUUUCACGAGGACAGUGUGAGUUUGGGCAGGGAAGUGAGUGUUGUACUCAUGUGCUCAGAAGCUGGCAGUCUCGGUCAGGGAACCAGGACAGAAGCACAAACUGGGCUUGAGAGCCCAGGCGACAGUGGGAAGACCUGGCUGAGCGGAAGACAGGCAGCAUCAAGGGGUGUCUGCAGAGAGGUCAGCACCGCACAGCUGCCCAAGCACGGGGACCAGUGGCGGCUUUAAGCUCUCAGGGUACCCGGGUCAUUUGGAGCCAGGAGGGAGAGUGUCGGAGGCACGCAGGAUACUUCCCGCUGUGCCAAGGAGGUGAGCUACUGUGUUGGUGCUGGGAACUGAACCUGGGUCCUCUGGAAGAGCAGCCAGCUCUCCAAACAGCUGAGCCAUGUCUCCAGCCCACCUUACCUUUUCAGAUCACCUUGGCAGACUUAAUUUUUAUGUGUUAACAGCGAGUAAGAUCGGUUGAAGUUGGUGUUAUUUUGUAAACAGGGACAUCGCUUCACAGGGCAGCUGAUUGAUUUGCCAGUUUGUGGUGGAUCCUAGCAGAGAAUUGGGGGUCUAGGCCCCUAAGCAGGGUGUGGGGAAGAGCUGGGGUCGCCCAGCCUGACCUGAGUUGUUACAUCACCCCAAGUGUGACGGGUCACCCAAGAGUUUGUCAUCCUCCUUCUCAUUUCUCCUCUUGCCUGUGAGUACCCUGCCAGGGCUUCGCUCUCUUGUUCCCAGGGCCUGACACCCAAGGCCAUGGAGCCGCCCGCGGGGGGCACUGGAAGCCUGAGGCCAGCGGCUGGUGAUGAUUGCAGCGUGGAGCUGGGCACCUGCCACGAGCUUCUGCACCGACUUCGGGAGCUGGAGGCAGAGAACUCGGCACUCGCCCAGGCCAAUGAGAACCAGCGGGAGACUUACGAGCGCUGUCUGGAUGAGGUGGCCAACCACGUGGUGCAGGCACUACUGAACCAGAAGGACCUGCGAGAGGAGUGUAUCAAGCUGAAGAAGAGGGUGUUUGACCUGGAGCGACAGAACCAGAUGCUGAGCGUACUCCUGCAGCAGAAACUGCAGCUCACAGCCAACUCCCUCCCUCAGAUCCCGUUCACCCCGCUCCAGACACCAUCCGAACCACCAGCCUCCCCGUCCCUGAACGCUGCUGAGGAACCAGCCGCCUCGCUGCCCUUAGGACACAGUGCUGGGCAAAGAGAGGUGUGUUGGGAACAGCAGUUGCGGCCAGGAGGCCCAGGCCCCCCAGCCACUCCACCUCCAGUGCUGGAUGCCCUGUCCCCAUUUCUGCGGAAGAAAGCUCAGAUUUUAGAGGUGCUUCGAGCCUUGGAGGAGACUGACCCUUUGCUCCUGUGCUCACCCGCCGCCCCCUGGCGGCCCCCAGGCCAGGGCCCCAGCUCCCCAGAGCCCAUCAAUGGCGAGCUCUGUGGCCCACCCCAGCCUGAGCCCUCACCCUGGGCACCCUAUCUGCUGCUCGGCCCUGGGAGCCUCGGGGCACCGCUGCACUGGGAGCGACUCUUGGGGGGCUCCGGGGAAGAAGGAGGCAUCCGGCAACCCUGGGCUCCCAGCAGGGCGCCCCCACCAGCCCAAGGCCCCAGCUCUGGCCCACACUGCGCCCCAGGCAGUAGCUCCUCCUCCUCUUCUGACGAAGCAGGGGACCCCAAUGAGGCACCCAGCCCUGACAGCCUACUAGGUGCCCUGGCCCACAGGCAGGUGAACCUGGGCCAACUCCUGGAAGACACGGAGACUUACCUCCAGGCUUUCCUGGCUGGGGCUGCAGGCCCUCUCAAUGGUGACCACCCAGGUGCUGGGAAGCCAUCCUCACCAGAUCCAGGACCCCCACAGCUGUCCAAGUCCAAAGGCCUCCCAAAGUCAGCUUGGGGUGGGGGUACCCCAGAGGCCAACAGGCUGGGAUUUGGUGCUACCUCAGAGGGCCAGGGGCCCCUUCCCUUCCUCAGCAUGUUCAUGGGUGCAGGGGAUGCCCCACUGGGCUCCCGGCCUGGCCACCCCCAUUCUUCAUCUCAGGUGAAAAGCAAGCUCCAAAUUGGGCCCCCUUCUCCCGGGGAAGCCCAGGGACCCCUUCUUCCCUCUCCAGCCAGAGGUCUCAAGUUUCUCAAGCUGCCUCCAGCCUCAGAGAAGGUCCCCAGCCCAGGAGGCCCCCAGCUCAGCCCCCAGCUCCCCCGGAGUUCUCGCAUCCCCUGUCGCAGCAGUGGCUCCGACGGCAGCCCCUCCCCACUGCUGGCCCGCAGGGGUCUGGGUGGAGGAGAGCUGUCCCCAGAUGGACAGAUGGACAGGCUGCCCAGCAGCCCUUCACCCUGCUCUGCAGUCCCAGACUCUGCGCAGCUCAGACCCUCCCCCUCAGCUGUGUCCACUACGCUGUCCCCAGGACCAGCAGCGUCUCCCUGCUUUGACAACAUCCUGGACCUUUCCCGGAGCACCUUCAGAGGGUCGUCCCCAGAGCCACCUCCAUCCCCGCUGCAGGUGACCCCCUACUCACAACUGACUCUGGAGGUACCCCAGGCCCCUGAGGUCCUCAGGAGCCCUGGGGCCCCUAGCCCUGGCAUCUCAGAAUCCUGCCCCUAUGGAAGCCCCCAGGAGAAGAGUCUAGACAAGGCAGGCCCUGAGUCUCCCCAUCCCAGCCGCAGGACUCCAGGUAGCUCAUCCAGGAAGCCUGGCCAGGGAUCAGGGCGGCGACCUGGUGACCCUGGCCACACACCUCUGCGGGACAGAUUGGCAGCCCUUGGAAAGCUGAAGACAGGCCCCGAGGGGCCUCUAGGUCCGGAAAAGAAUGGAGUGCCAGCCCGGCCUGGCACUGAGAAGGCCAGGGGGCUAGGGCGGUCGGGAGACAGUACUGGAGACAUGCCUCCCGCCACGAGGCCUCUUGAACAGCCAGAAGCCAAGGGCGUCCUGAGAGGAGCCGUGGCCUUAGGCACAAGCAGCCUGAAGCAGCAGGACCUGGGACUGACGGACCCUGGGGCCCGAGUCUACUCGUCCCACUCCAUGGGGGCUCGAGUGGACCUGGAACCCAUCUCACCAAGGAGCUGCCUCACCAAAGUGGAGCUGGCCAAGAGCCGGCUGGCCGGGGCUCUGUGUCCCCAGAUGCCCCGCACGCCUGUAAAAGUGCCAACCCCAGCCCCCAGCCUGAGCAAGCCCAAGAGCCCUCACAGCAGCCCCACAAAGCUGCCCUCCAAGUCACCCACCAAGGUGGUACCCCGGCCCGUAGCGCCCCUGGGCACCAAGGAGCCCUCCAAGCCUGACAAAGGGAAGGGCCCACCUUGGGCAGAUUGUGGCGGCACCGCUGGCCAGCCCGCAUCCCCAGUGCACGGCCCCGCCGCCGAUCCAAGCCAGGGCUCCGAGGGGCCGGCCCCACACUCGGCCAUUGAGGAGAAGGUGAUGAAGGGCAUCGAGGAGAACGUCUUGCGACUCCAAGGUCAGGAACGGACACCAGGCUCCGAAGCCAAGCACCGCAACACCAGCAGCAUCGCCAGCUGGUUUGGCCUUAAAAAGAGCAAGCUGCCGGCUCUGAACCGCCGCGCAGAGGCUACCAAGAACAAGGAAGGGGCCGGCGGAGGCUCCCCGCUCCGGAAAGAAGUCAAGACGGACGCCCGGAAGCUGGAGGCUGAGAGCCUCAACAUCUCCAAGCUGAUGGCGAAGGCCGAAGACCUGCGCCGGGCUCUGGAGGAGGAGAAGGCCUACCUGAGCAGCAGGGCCCGCCCACGGCCGGGGGGUCCAGCCACAGUGCCCAGCUCAGGUCUGGGGCAGGUGCAAGGCCAGCUAGCCGGCAUGUACCAGGGCGCAGACACCUUCAUGCAACAGCUACUGAACAGGGUGGAUGGCAAGGAGCUGCCCCCCAAGAGCUGGCCCAAGCCUGAGUAUGGGGAUUUCCAGCCAGUGUCCACUGACCCCAAGAGUUCCUGGCCUGCCUGUGGGCCCCGGAACGGCCUGGUAGGCCCUCUUCAGGGCUGCGGAAAACCUUCUGGAAAGCCCGGCAGUGAGCCAGGUAGGCGGGAAGAGAUGCCCUCAGAGGACAGCCUGGCCGAGCCGGUUUCCACCGCACACUUUACAGCCUGUGGCUCCUUGACUCGGACCUUGGACAGUGGCAUUGGGACCUUCCCACCCCCAGAUCACGGCAGCAGUGGAACCCCCAGCAAGAAUCUCCCCAAGACCAAGUCAAUGCGCCUGGAGCCCCCUCCAGGGGCACCCCCAGCUCGGCCUCCAGCCCUCACCAAAGUCCCUCGACGUGCCCACACGCUGGAGCGGGAGGUGCCAGGCAUUGAAGAGCUGCUGGUGAGUGGGCGGCACCCCAGCAUGCCAGCCUUUCCUGGACUGCUCACUGCUCCUUCCGGCCACCGAAGCCAUCAGACCUGUCCUGAUGAUCCCUGUGAAGACCCAGGCCCUCCCCCACCUGUCCAACUGGCCAAGAACUGGACCUUCCCCAACACCAGAGCAGCUGGAAGCUCCAGUGACCCCUUCCUGUGCCCACCCCGACAGCUGGAGGGACUGCCUAGGACCCCCAUGGCCCUGCCCGUGGACCGGAAGCAGAGCCUGGAGCCCAGCUGCACAUCUACGCCUCAGGGCCCAGCGUUUGGGGGCAGUCGUACCCCCAGCACAUCGGACAUGGGCGAGGAAGGCAGAGUGGCCAGUGGAGGAGCCCCCGGGCUGGAGACCUCAGAGUCUCUAAGUGACUCACUCUAUGACUCACUGUCAUCCUGUGGGAGUCAGGGCUGAGGGGCCGCACCCACUACAGUCCCUUCGGAGCUAGGGACCCCAGACUGGGCCUGCUUUCAUGCUUCAUCCCUCGGAGCCAGUGAGGCUCAAUCUGAAGGGACCAAGGAGAAGGUGGAUAAGAAGGUGACAGGGGUCCCUGGCAUACCCCACUGCUGCUGUGGAUGAGACAACCAUGCUCAGCUCAGGGAGAGACCUCACCCCUGGUCCCUUGACUCGCCCAGAGUCAGGCUCUUCUCUAAGGGACUGGGGGCCCCAGGCUGCUUUGUCCCAGCUCCCACUUCAGGCGGAGCCAUCUGUGGUGCUGGGCUUCCUGCCCGCCAUCUCUGCCCAACCUGGCUGCAACCCUGCCCCAGAGCCCCCGGGGGGCCAAUUUUGGAAGCCCCAGGCUUGUGGAGUUUGGGGGUGAGGGGGACAAGUUGCCUUCUUUUCUGCCCUGGUCCUCCCUGCUAUCUGAAUGGUGCUGCUUCCCUUCCCCACGUCUUUGGGGUCUGUUUGUCUGUCUUCAUCUUCGUUUAUAUAUAUA